UGAGCCAGCUUGCAUGCUCUUUUAUCCACAAGCACCAGCCACGGAGGUGCGUACCAUGAAACAGCUGAAGACACAUGCAGCCCCAACCAUGCCAAGUGCCGCCGCCACAAAGUCACGGUCACAUGGCCCAAAUGAUGCACGAGGCAGGAAAGAAGACCUUUGGAGGUUUUAACGAUGAUUAAGUUGACGACGUGACGAGGCGGAACUUCCACGCCGACGGACCGAGCGAGCGAACGGCACCGACGCCGGCUGCGGAACGAACCCACUGCUGUUUACCAGGCCUUUCCUUUGGAUAAGAUUGUAUCAAAACUUGAUGUUUUUAUUGCUUUGAACACAGGAAACGAAUAAUGGUGGCAGGUUGGAGAGCUGGCGCCGAGUUAUACGUGGAAAUACGUUUUUUUCUCAUUUAAAUAAGCUUGUCCCCUGGGUGGUUAAAGCCUGAAAAAAGUUGGAUUUUGUUGCUGUCGUCAUGGAGGAGCAAGAGAGGGAGAUUUCUUACGCCGACCCCCCGGCGUCGGACAGCGAGGUUGUGGUCGUGGUGAAUCCGAGUCGAGUGCGCCCUCCGCUGGGCGUGGUGCUUGCCACAGUGCUGUACUGCGCCGAGCUGCUUAACUCCGCCGUGUUGUGCAGCAGCUACCACCGCACGGACGACGAGCACUGGCUGGGAUUCACCAUCACCUUCAUGCUCCUGCCGGCCGUGCUCAUCCAGAUGACCCUCAUCUUCAUCCACAGGGAUGUAGGCCGAGACCGGCCGCUGGUCCUCCUGCUGCACCUGCUUCUCCUAGGGCCUAUCAUCAGGUGUUUCGAUGCCCUGAUGGUGUACUUCCAAGCUGGCAGGAAGGAAGAGCCUUACGUGACAAUCACCAGGAAGAUUUACUUGAAGAGAGGCGAGGGCACACGCACCGAGUGCGAAGUCAGCCGCUCGGAGCGCAUCCUGGCCACACACAGGAACGCCUUCAAACGCACCACCGUUAUCCAGGCUUUCCUGGGCUCCACGCCGCAGCUCACGCUCCAGCUGUACGCCACCAUCCAGGAGAAGUACAUCCUUCCCAUCCGAUUGACUCUGAUGAUCAUCACCAAGAUCUCCAUCAUAUACGGGGCCCUGGUGUGCAGCGUCCUGGCCAUCCAGAUCCGCUACGACGACUACAAGGUGCGCUUCCGCCCGGCCGCCUACCUGUGCAUGAUCCUGUGGCGGGGCCUGGAGAUCACCACGCGCAUCGCCGCCCUGGUUCUCAUGAGCACGGCGCUCACCCAUUGGGUGAUCCUAGUGGGCAUGGCCAACCUGAUCUUCUUCUUCUUCCUGCCCUGGGCUGAGUUUUGGGCCAAGAAGGGCUCGCUGGCCAAGGACGUGGAGAAGAACUUCUCCAAGCUGGGCACGGUGGUAGUCUUGUGCCUGUUCACGCUGCUCUACGCAUGCAUCAACGUCUUCUGUUGGUCGGCCGUGCAGCUGGACCUCAGCCACGGCGAGCUCAUCGACCGCAAGCAGCGCUGGGACCGACUGGCCAUUUACUACAGCGCCCGCUUUGUGGAGAACCUACUCCUCAUCACAUUGUGGUACUUCUUCAAAUCGGACUUCUAUGAGUAUGUGUGCGCGCCUCUGCUCGCCAUCCAGCUGGUCAUCUGCUACAGCUUGGCCGUGUUCUUCAUGCUGCUCUUCUAUGAGUUCUUCCACCCGUGCCGCAGCCUCUUCCGGCAAAAUGUCCACGACUGCUUGCGUCGCAUCUGCUGCUGCAGAGGAACAGGCCAGGACCAGAAGCAUCCGAGGAAAAUGGCCCCGUCCUACUCCACUGCCGCCACCAUGGUGCUGAUGCCCGAUGAGCCCCAAGAGCCACUUGACCCGUAGAACCUCAACAGUGACACGGAUCAGCAGGAGACAGCCAUACUGGAUGACAUCACGCAAUAUGCCCGAGAUCGCAAUAGUAGGAACACCCGCAUCAUCUGGCAGCAGUGAUUUCCAAACAAUGUUUCGGCUAAAUCGGUGAGCCGUGUUGUGACCACUUUAGCCGUUUGCUUUUGAUCCCAAUUCACUUAAAUUCUCUGAAAAUUAUUUUUAAUGACAAAUGUUGUCUUUGUUGAUCUAUCUAUGCCAGUGACGUAUAGUGACAGGUGGAACAAGUCAAUAAUCUUCCAUACAGUGGUGCCCUGAGGUUUAAUUUAUUCCGUGACCACACUCGUAAGUCCAAAUUUUCCUACUGGAAUGAAUGGAAAUGCCAUGAGUUAUAGCCUCCCAAAAAACAUAAAAACCAAAAUUCAGUCAUCUGUUUUUUAAACUUGAAAGACAUAAGAUAGAAUGAAACAGCCUUUGCCACCCUUGGUAUCAUUUGAAUGGUCAUUGUGCAGUUGCCCGGCUUGGCCACCUGGGGGCAGUAUAAAAGACGGACUGAUGCACCGUACAUGGAUGUCUGUGCAAUGGAGAUGUCUCAUGUGCCUGCGGAUGAUAAAGGAUACAUGACUCGGUAGUGUUAUAUUGAAUCUAUAAAUGUGUACCGUUUGUGUACAAAUAUGAGUUUUUGGUCUUAUGUUUGCCAUUAUCUGUUAGCAUUACCAUGUAGCUACCGUACUAAAGGUUUGUUUUAAACACAUGAUUUGUAAUUCUCCAAGUAAACUUCAACUGGGUGAGGCAUGAAACAGUUUGCAAUCUGUUUUUGAAGAAUUAUGUACUAUUUGCUGGUUAUUGUCUUGCGAGUGGAGUCGCCUGCCAAAUAAGUUUGCGCUCACAGGUCAAAACAAAAAUUGUCCCAAUGACGCGUCGUUUCUCGAAAAAACCUGUCAAUUGAUGUGCCACGGUUUUAGUCAACAUUUAAGCAAUAUUUAGGUUUUCUAUUCAGAGCCAACUUUCAAUUUUAGACAAUACGCGUUAAUAUAAAUGACUAACUGAUGAUUUGAUUUGGAAAAAAACUUGUGUGCGUGUUGGUCGAGCGUUUUCUACAGGCACAUGUGGUGAGGACAGCCCACGCUAAACUCCACCCCAUCAUACAAAGCUUGUCUUCUGACAGUAUGGAUCACUUUAAAAUACGUUCUAGGACCAGUUGCUGGCUGUCUUGAAUCUCUUACGUUGACGUCAUCUUGCAGCAUCAUUGGCCAUAUAUCUCAAUUGUAUCGUUAGUGUGAACUCUGAGCCUGUUUGGUGUGACACAAAGCUCUCUCUCGCGUAAAAUGAAACCGGUGCGUCCGCAGGUUCACUGGACUUUUGGCCAUCGAACAUUAUAUUGCUGGCAUAGAUAGAUGAUUAAAAAUGUGUUAUUAUUAUUAUUAUUUUUGUACCGUGCCUACUGCCCGACUAUAGCUGGGAUAGGCUCCAGCAUGCCCGCUAACCUUGUGAGGAUUAGCGGAUUAAAAAAAAGGAUGAAUGGAUUUUCUUAUUAUUAUUGUUUUUGUUAUUAAUCAUAAUAUACAUUGUUUAUAGUUCACAACAUAAAUGAAUAAUAAUUUUCAGACCAAUGGGAUGAAAUUGGACCAUUUCUGACAACACACUAACGUGCCUUGACACAGUGGUCGGGAAUCACCGAAUUAAAAUUGGACAACAAUACUUAGUUGUAAGUGAUAAUCGCGUAACAAUGUGAUGAUGAUUGUGGUUGUAGCAGACUGAGAGCUGUUUCUAAUAUUUCGAACUAAAAUGUUGACGUCACCCAGUGAUUGCACUGAGGCUAAUGUAUUGAUAUAAAAUGAGUCAGAAAUGCAAAUGAAGUUUAGGUGCAUUGGUUCUAAUUGGCUGAUAUCACUACGUAGUACUUGAUGGGUGUUUCUCAUACAUCUAAAUCAAUUUGCAUAUUGUGGAUAAGAAGAUACUUUGAAGUUAAACUCAUCUUUGCCAUGAAUUAAACACAUAAAAUACUUUUCAGAAGGCCAAUUCCCAGCUAAUUUGUCUUUUAGAAAUAAUAGUAAUGGUCUUAUUUGAAUUUCUUGAAAUGGUGAAUUUGAUGACUUCUUUAGCCCUCAGCUCCAAUCAUCCAAAUUCUAAAAUCUAAAAUGUUGGUGUGUUUUGAGUUCAAUUGCCAGGUGAAGAUGUGAAUGGCCCUCUGUCUCUUUUAUGUGCCCUAUAAUUGAUCGGCCACCGCUCCGAGGUAAAGUUUGCCUUUCAAUCGAGUCAGCUGCGGUAGGAAUUUGAAUAUUUUGACCCUUUUUGUAUAGCCACCAAAAUAAUAGGAACAGCUCUGUGUGAUGCAGGAAACUAAAAGCCGCUAUACUGUUACUUUAAAAGCUCUCUUGACAUCAAAAUGGAGCAUUUUUGUCUUUGUAGCUUUUCACCGUGCAUUUAGUUUGCACAGGUGUACCUACACAUCAACACAAUUAUUGUAUUUCUCAGAGAGCUAUUCUGGUUGCCUUUCCCCCCCGAAGUUGAUUUUGCACCCCCUUAAGAAUGUAGUCUAUGUGGGACAAAGAAUGCCUUGAGAGUGAACCGCGACCAAGGCAGGUGUGAGGGAGACGCAAGCCAAAAAAAAAAGUCUGUCUGUGUUACUUUGCACAACCUCGUGUCUUCUCCAAAAGAGGUCAAACUCUAAUGAAAAGGAAUGAGUCGUCUUCAUCUGCUUGUCGAACUGCUUGGACCGGCUGUGACGGAGGCCUCGCCUUGUUCAAACUGGUUUAUGGUUUGGGCAAAAGAGACAACAAGGAAAUCUGUGGGAAACUAAAUGUGGUUGAGUGGACAAGCAAACACAAUCAUGAUUGAUGGACGAUCCCAGGAAAAUUAAAGUUUUUGUGAAAAUGUUGGGAUAUUUGGCUUCGAGGUGAAAUGUUUGAUACGCACACACACACAACCCACACGCACUUGUAAAGGUAAUGCUGUGUUUUAGGUCCAUGGUAAAAUGACAUUCCCGAAAGCCAAAUGUCAUUAACAUUCUGUUGAGUGGUGUAGACUGAAUGUCACUUAGGUUGAAAACAUAAUUAAAAAAAAAAAAUGUGAGGGUUUUCUAAUUAUAUAUCUACUUGUCACAAUGGAGAACAAAGUUCAUGUUAUUUUUCUGCCAUUGAACAUGCUUCUAUAUUGAUUUAUCACCAUUUUACUGAUAAAUGUUCAUGUUUGUUUGUUGUUGUUUUUUUGCAUCCAGUGCCUUGACUACUUUUUUGUUGACUUGAAACUUGAAUAAAAUAAACCGUGUAUAUUUAAAACCAAA